GCUGCACCUGCGGGUACCCCCGCGCCCCCACACGCACGCUCCGGCUGUUCCCCGCCCUGCCCUCCACCUCUCCGAGAAGAUCCAGCAGACGGAUCAAAGCUCGUCUUUUUGCCAUCGAAAGGAUUAACUCCCCGGGGAGCAGCGGCGGAGGCUGAGCCUACGCUCCCGCCACGCAUCGCCUGCUGCACGGCGCACUUAGGAGUUGUGGAGCCAACCUCUCGGCAGCUAAUCCCCCUCCCUGCUGGAGCCGGGGCGGCUGGGGAGAGCGAGCCGGGCUGCAGGGCGAAGGGACAGGAGGGGAAGAGGACGGGGAGGAGUGCACACACACACACACACACACACACACACGCAGGCGUGCCCGCACUCCCCGCAGACGGCGGGCAGCGGCACCGCAUCGGGGGCUGCGUGCGGGGAGCUCCGUGGGGAGCCGAGCGCUGAAUAAAACAAGCUGGAGCAUCAGGCGAGGGGAUCUGUUCGCUUGGAAAAGUCUUUAAGGAAUCGAUCGGGAGAUGCCGGCAAAAGAAGUUGGUGAAAGCCGGGCUGGAAGGGCCGGGAGCUGCGCGCCGCCGGCUCCAUCACACGCCGGGAGCAGCUGAACUUUGUGGGAUGACUGAAAACAUCCAGAGGAUCCUGUCUCUCCGAUUUUCAUCAGUGAGUAGCAUCAGGGAGAGACGGCUGAGGAACAAAAAUGAUAUCAGUCAAAAUCAUUCCAACAUCUACUUUUUCCUAAGGAACUUCAUGCCCAUAGGGGUUUUCUAUGGGCAUUUCCAGGAGUGAGACUGAGGUACCACAGAUGCAUCCCUACUGAAUCAUGUAAGAAUUUUCAAAUUAAAAACCUACCCCGUCAAGACCUUCUCUGCCCGGUUUGCAGUACAUGGUUUGGUGUAAGUACAGCAAUUCUCGCCUCUUUCUCUCCUUUUUAAGUCUCUUGAGCUUGGAGAUCUCUUUCCUCGUUGCAAUUAUGAUUAUUUGCAACAUCAGUGCCAUCAAAGAUUGGAGCACUUUCCUCUCCCAGAUCCUCCCCAGCGUUAACAAGACUCUGAACUUGGUACAGCAAGUGGAAGCCACCACCAGCUCGGUGGUAAGUGUCCUCCAGGACCCUGAGCAGGACAACUACCUGUCCAAUAGCCAGUCCAUGAACUCCAGCAACUUCACAGCUGGCCUGGACCACUUGUUCCAAUACUCAUACUCGGACAAUGACCAGCUCUACAAGGAGUACAAACCCCCUCCUCGAGAUGCCAUUCCUCUGCCCAAGGCUGUCCUCUACCUUCUCAUGGCAGCCCUGGUGGUGGUGGCAGUGGCGUACGCCAUCGUCGGGCAUCUCAUCAAAGACCUCAUUUACGACUUUGUAGACUGGAUCUUUGGCCCCAACCCGGACGACAACAGCAACAAGAGCGACAUCAACUGCAUCAGCAACAGCGUCAACGAGAUGAGCGAGAUGCCCGAGGCGCCGCGGCACCGGGACCGGCAGCCCCAGGACGUGGUCAUUGCCAUCGGCGAGACUUGCCACCUGCCACAGCAGACGUGACCGGCGCGACGUCCCGGCCAGGCGGGAUGGAGCAGCGGGAUGGAGCAGCAGGAUGGAGAGCAGGAAUGGAGCAGAGGGAUGGAGCGGAGGGAUGGAGCAGUGGAACACUGCAGCAGCCACCUUGCAGGACCGGGCAGUGAGAGGAAGGGAUGGGCAGAGCCGGCACUGCGGAGCAAAGCCCUUCUCCCGCUGGCUUUGCCUCUAAGGACCUUGCUGGGGUGGGUGGCAUUGCCCCUUCUCCCAGGCUUGUCAGCCCUGUCCUGACAUCUGCCCGUGGGUUUGUGACCCCUUCUUUGUUCCCUGUGAAUAGCAAAAAAGAAAAAGCAAAUGCAAAAUACACCCACCAAGCAAAGCUUGCAAGAGAAAUGAGCUGGAGAGAAGCCGGGCGGUCCUUUGGCAUGUGGCUGUCCAGUGGCAUGGGAAUGGGGUGGUGAAAAGGGCAAAGGAGACAAGGAGGCGACAGAGAAAUGGGGGUAUCUGUGUUUCUGGGGACAGGUCCAGGACACAGCAGGGAGCUGGGGACUGCAGAAAGACACAGAAAGGUCAGUAGGGGCCAAAUCCAGACCUGUAGUUUGGUGACCUGCCUGGGUCAUCACUCCUCUCCUUAGUUUUGCAGCUCCAGCUCACAGCCUAUUUGCACAGCAGGUUCAUCAUUCCCUGGUCCCAGUGCCUCUUCCUGAUGAAG